AUAGUAGUGGCAUUUUUUAUCCGGUCAUCAAGACUCACCAAGAGGCCGCCCCGGAUGCUGAAUCCGGCCGUCAAAACGAGCGGUCCCUCCCCGGUGGCAGCGCUGCAAGUGCUCGUCGCCAUGUUUUUCAAUUCGACUACCCGCCCGCUGACCGCUCGCCACAUCCAGUCCGAUGACAAUGUUCAGUAUACAAUUGAUUACUGGGGCUAUGCGGUGCGAAAAAUGCCAUGCACCAACGACAAAGGAACCUGUGAAUAUCUGGAUUCCAUCUAUGGCGACCACGAGAGAUCAAUGAUCUUCACCUUUGUCAUGUGGGCUGUUAUCGGCCUCAUCCUCCUCUUGUUCAUUGUGUUUCGAUUAGCGCGCCCGCAGAAACAGAACAGCCCAAGACAGAGCUUUGUAUAUCGCCUUACAAGACUGGGAUCGUCAGCUGUCCGCAAACACCUAUUGCCCGAGUGCUCGAAAGUAUUCAGGUAUACUACGAGGCUGCAAGUAUUGAUCCUUGCCUUGUUCUGCGCCUACCUCACAGCCUUUUCUUUUGCUGGCAUCACGUACAAGACAUGGGUUACGCCAAUCAAGGACAGUAACUUGCACAACACUCGCACCGGUAUGGGUGGGUUCGCCGACCGCAUUGGCGCCUUUGCCUUUGCCCUCACUCCAUUGACCAUUGCCUUGUGCAGCCGCGAUUCGAUUCUCAGCAUGAUUACUGGCAUUCCCUACCAGAGCUUCAACUUUUUGCAUCGCUGGACAGGCCGCAUCAUUCUCGUCCAGUCGUUCGUUCAUGCCAUUAUCUGGACUAUUAUUGAAGCAAAGCUUUACCAACCACAACCUACUGUCUAUACCAAGUUCAUCAACCAAAAGUACAUGGUUUGGGGCUGCAUUGCACAGGCCUUGAUCACGUUCUUGUUCGUCUUCAGCCUCCGACCCGUGAUCCGCUGGACGGGCUACGAGUUCUUCCGCAAGUCGCAUCUCCUUGUCUCCAUCAUCUAUAUUGGAGCUUGCUGGGGCCACUGGAAGAAGCUGUCGUGCUGGAUGAUCGCCUCGUUUGCCCUUAUGGGGUUCGAUUUGGUUGCCCGGAGUGUUCGCGCCAUUCUCAUCCACACCGGCUACAAGGAGAGGGAUGGUGGAUUUGGCUUCCGCUCUGUUCCAGCGAUCCUGGAUACUUUCAAGGAUCCCACAGGUACCAUUGUUCGCAUAACAUUUUACCACAAGCAUAGUCCUUGGGCAAUUGGCCAACAUUUUUAUCUUACCUUUCCCGCACUCAACAUGUGGCAGUCACAUCCAUUUACGCCAGGCUCGAACCCAAACAGCUCUCCCCUGCAGCGCCAUACCUACAUCAUCCGCGCCUGCAAGGGCGAGACGGCCAAACUCGCUGCUCUUGCCGAUGCUGCUGCAAACUGCUAUCCGCGCGUCCAAGCAUCUACCCCCGUCAUCAUGAUGGGUCCAUACGGCAGCUCCAUUGUCAACAAAGAUGUCUUCAACAUUCUCGCCAUCUCCGGGGGCACAGGAAUAACCUACACCUUGCCAGUCAUCAUGGACGCUAUCUCCUCCUCUUCACCAGCCAAUAACAUCGAGCUCAUUUGGACCAUCCGCCACAUCGAGAACCUUGCCUGGAUCGCCCCGGAACUCGCAUAUCUAAAGUCCCAACUCUGCCAGAGCGACGAAGCAACCAGUAGUUCCAGCAGCGACGAUGAGAAAAAAGAUGACGCCCCCUCCGUGUUUGUAAGCACAAAUAAGCGCUUCCGCAUCCGCAUUUUCGUCACCAGAACAGAGACUACACGACUAGAGGCUUCACCCCAGCUUAAACUCGACGACAAAGGCAAGGACAAAGGCGACGGCGGUGCGGCGCUGGAGUCCGUCUCGUCCGUGGAAUCCAUGGAACUCAGCAGCCAAAUCGACAAACUCAAACGCGAAUGCCCAGAUUUCAGCAUCACAUGGCUGGACAAUGCGCGCCCGGAUGUCGCAUCUCUGGUUGCCAACUUCAUGUCCGAGACGGUGGAGAGCGGGCGGACACAGAUUGUAGGGUCUGGACCGCCGGAGCUAGGGACGCGGAUUCGGCGUGCGGUUGCAGCGCAGAAUGUGCCUGGGGGAGUGUGGAGGGGGGAAGAGAGGGGGGAUGUGGAGUGUGUGUGGGAUGAUCGGAUGGGGUAG